GAUGUCAUCUACAGUGUCGCGCGUGGUGACACAGUCUGCGGCAACUGCGGUGAAGUCCUGGAAGAUCGGACAAUGGUCACCGAGACCGCUUUCGUGCAUGCAGCCAAUGGGGCUGCGCGUGCCGUGGGCGGACGGAUCGAUUUCAGCGUCGGGCUCAGCUUCGUCGGCGGGCCGAACAGUCAGGAGGUGGCGCUGAAUAAGGGCCUGUCGAGGAUGGGAUACAUCGCAGAUCGACUGCAGCUUCCUGCACCAAUCCAGGAAGCUGGGCGUCGGAUGUACACCCUCGCGUGCUCCCUGAACUUCAACGCGGGCACGCAGCAGCGCUUCACUUGCGCUGCCUGCCUCUAUGUAGUGUGCAGGCGGAACCGUUCUCCGCACCUCCUCAUUGACUUCUCCGACGUCUUGCAAGCCCCAGUCAAGACUAUUGGGCGCGUCUACAUGAAGCUCAUGCGACGUCUGGUGGGAGGGGACUUCACAAACCACAUGCAAGCCGGGAGCAGCGGAUUGGAAGUGCCCUUAGUUGACCCGUCCAUCUUUAUCGAGCGUUUCGCUCGCCGCCUGGAGCUGGGCGGGCAACAGCGCAAGGUGCAGAACACGGCCAUGCGGCUGAUCCAGUACAUGCAGCUCGCCUAU